AGGGUUGCUUUGCAGUGCUAAGUUUGCAGAUCGACCGACCUCAAUCCCAGAAGGGUCAAGAGUAAUGGUGCUUUUGGAGAAGAGCGGGGAUAGAUGCGGAGCUUCGGUAGAUAAGGUCCCUGAUGCCGCAACGCUGCCGACUGCCCCGAACCUGAUUUCCGAACCUCAGUAGUAUGAAUUGUGGGUUAAGUCCCUGGUCGGUCGCUCCUCGAACGUUACCUUUGGUAUUUGAGGGGCGAUUGAGGUCACCUUCGGACCCUCAGGCCGGUGGUAUAACACCCAUCGCCUCGGUGUGGUGCAUUGGGGACAGUACCACCCAUGGACCGUUGCAGGACCUUUCUUAACAUAUUCAGGGAACUCUCAGUCUCAUGAGGAGGAGAGAAGCGAUGAAGUCCGCUGCCACCCUGUUGCUUCUGGCGAGAGCUGCGGAAGCAUAUUCAUGCUCGGCUACCCCAUCGGCGUCAAGCUCAGUUGCACUUGAUUUGACUCGGUUCUUCAAUAACAAAGCAUUUGGCACGUACCCCGGAGAAGCGGAUUUCAAUGCUUUGAACGAGUCUUAUCCUUCACCUGACUUUGACACUACACAGUACGAGUCUACUGAAACCGGUAUACUCUACUCGUUCCCUGGCUACACGGGACCUGGCGCCUCGGACAAUCUCAUUUGUAACGGCGAAUUCAUCAAUGUACCAGCCGGCUCGUACUUCUCGGCUUCCUUCCUUGUUGCCGGGGACCUGGAAUCUGCAAGCGUGAGCGCAAACGUUACGUUCACAUACACCGACAAUAGUACUUCGCUAUUUGAGCUGAGGAGCCUGAAUUGGUUCAGCUUUUUGACUAUCAACCGUGGCGAGGUCAUCUUUCCAAGCCGUUUUACAGCGGACGACAUCAACUACAAUACCACACACAUCUUUGAACGCGCAGCAUCUAUCCCCGCAGGGAAGCAGCUAAGCUCCAUUACUCUACCAGUUACUACAAACGCCACUGAAGGGAGACUUCAUGUUUUUGCCAUUAGUCUCUGGCAAGGCUCUUCUAUUGAGGUGCAGUCGGUCCGCCCAACGCAAAAGUGGCUGGAGGCUGGUGUCCAGGCUGUCGAAGUCACCAUCAACAAUGCCGGUUCUAACUGCGUUUCUGGCAAUGGAUUGAGCUUGUCGAUUGACGGUCAGGGUGUCCACACAACUAUUCAAGGAAACUUGAAACGCUUGUGUCCUGGGGACCAGAAGACCGUGACGGUUGGUGUGGAAGGUUCUCCGAACCAGACUAUUUCAGCUAAUGUUGUGCUUGAUGAUGGAAUCAAUUCCUCAACAGUGACCGUAGAUGGCCUUGACUUUGGGCUUCUUACAUGGACAUCAGAACUUGACGUCCUGUCUAAACAUGAGAGCCCCGAAUGGUUUGAUGACGCCAAGUUCGGCAUUUUUAUCCAUUGGGGCCCGUACUCGGUCACUGGUUGGGGCAACUCGUCUCCGUAUGAGAGCUAUGCCGAAUGGUUUUGGUGGUAUUCAACUCAUCAUCCCCAAGCUGAUAGGUCCGAUUUCUACGACUACCGGCUGCAGACUUAUGGAUCUCAAUGGUCUUACGAUGACACGUUCCCUGACUUCAAUGCAUCCAGCUUCGAUCCUAAGGCAUGGGUUGAUCUCUUCGCUGAAGCUGGUGCUAAAUAUUUUGUCAUUACUACAAAGCACCACGACGGAUUUGCUUUGUUUGACACAGGUAACACCACAAACCGUUCAGCAAUUCAUUACGGUCCGCAGCGCGAUCUGCUUGCUGAGCUUUUCGAGGCCGCAGAAACGUAUCAACCGGGAUUGAAACGAGGCACAUACUUCUCUUUGCCCGAGUGGUUCAAUCCCGACUUCGGACCAUAUGGAUUCGAUCAGUUCAAUACGUCAUCCGCCGUUUCCUGGCCGGGCAUUUUGGCCAAGAACCCAUAUACCGGGGAAGAUGAGCCAUACACUGGUCGAGUUCCCGUCGAUGAUUUCAUCACUGAUAUAAUGGUCCCUCAAAUGGAGGCCUUGGCUUAUGAUUACGGUACCGAUAUCAUGUGGUGCGAUUGCGGUGCCGCAAACGGGACAGCUGACUUCGCAGCUGCUUGGUGGAACAAGGCUCGGGGUCAAGACCGCCAAGUAGCCAUCAACUCGCGAUGUGGUAUAGCGGCUGCCGCGGACUUUGACACUCCUGAGUACCAGACUUUCUCGUCCGCGCAACACCGAAAGUGGGAAUCCAACCAAGGGAUGGACCCCUAUAGUUAUGGCUACAAUCGAGCGACGCCCGACAGUGCGAUCAUGAAUGCCAGCACCAUUGUGUACACUCUGGUCGAUAUGGUUUCCAAAAACGGAAAUCUGCUCCUCGAUAUUGGACCCCGAGCUGAUGGCAGCAUUGUUCAGGCGGAGAUCGACAACCUACGCGAAGCUGGCACGUGGAUUCAUGCUCACGAAGAGGCCAUCUUCAACACAACUUACUGGUUCAUCCAGAGCGAGAUUUCUGGUGGCCCUGACGUUCGCUUCACGCAGACAGAUGAUGCCUUCUAUAUUCUGUUCCUCGAAAAGCCCAGCAUGUUGGACGGGAAAAUCGUUGUGGCGGCACCGGUACCAGUCAUAACCGGCGACGACGUGAGUCUCCUCUCAGUGGCUGGAGGCGAGUCAUUGGCCUGGGAGGUUUCUGGGCGUGGUAGUGAUUUACAGCUAUCCAUUACUGUCUCCGAUGAUCUUUUAUCGAAAGAAGAGUUCUGCUGGGUCUUCAAGGUUUGCUAUAAAUAGGAAACAUAAUUCAGCCCGAAUUAUCUGUUGAUCAUAAGGUCAUAGUUUAUCGUGAGUGACUACAGUAUAGCCCAAUAUAGCAUCUGCCUGUAUGAUUGCAAGAGAACCUUGAGCAAAUCCCUCCAUAGAC